AUGACAACAAACUACAGGCGCUUCUACAAGGUCCAGCCCGGCGACACAUGUAAUACCAUCAUCGCCGCGGCAGGCAUCUACGGACCCAAUUUCUAUAUCUGGAAUCCCGCCGCCAGGAGCGACUGCUCCGGGCUCUGGGCGAAUACAUUUUGUUAUAUAGGUAACACCGUCGGCCCGUCCAUCACCCUGAGGCCUCCGACCCCGACCACGACGACCAAGCCGCCCGCGGGCAACGGCGUCGCCACGCCCACGCCCUUCCAAGUCGGCAUGGUCUCGAAUUGCAAGAGCUUCUAUCUCGUACGCAGCGGCGAUACAUGCUCCAGUAUCGCCUCGGCCAGGGGCAUCUCCGUCAACAACUUCAUCCGCUGGAACCCGGCCGUCGGUGCGGGCUGCACGGGCAUGUGGGCGAAUACCUGGGCUUGCGUGGGGCUGAUUUGA